CUCGCAAACUGAAAUUGACUGAACGAUGACUUUAUGAACAGCUUUUGUGUUUAUAACGUGCGAUAUUGAACUUCGUAAAUCUUUUUAAUUUAACAAAGAAAAUAUGAAGCAGCCAAAUAUUCUUGUAACUGGCACACCAGGAGCCGGGAAAACUUAUUUUGCGAAAGCAAUUGCUGAUAAAUAUGAUCUGAAUUUUAUAGAAGUCAGUAGAAUUGUUCAGGAACAUCAUUUUACAGAUGGAUUCGAUGAAACUUUAGACUGCCCUAUAUUAGAUGAAGAUAAGCUUUUAGAUUUUCUUGAGCCGAUAAUGAAAGAAGGUGGAAACGUUGUCGAGUAUCAUUCUUCUGAAUUCUUUCCUGAACGCUGGUUUCACGCCGUUUAUGUCGUUCGAUGUGACACAGAUGUGCUUUUCAAACGUCUGGAAGAACGUGGAUAUAAUGCAAAGAAAAUACAAAACAACAUCGAAUGUGAGAUUUUUCAAAUGGCCAUGGACGAAGCAAAAACUUCAUAUAAGUCUAAUAUCAUCACUGAAGUUCGAGGAGAAAAGCAAGAAGAUCUUCAAAAAGGCUUGGAACAUGUCGGAAUUUUUUUGGAUGAAUAUAAGGAGUGAUUUUUAAUUAUUGUAAGGCUGAAAAAAGAACAAUCAGUAGCAUUUAUACCACUAUACAUUAUAUUUAUAAAAUUAUCAUCGUUAUAUCACAUUUUUAAUCAUUCUUUCGUCAAUUGCGAAAUAAAAUCUGUUGAAAUUAUUUUAGUCAUUCAAAAAUUA